AAUGAAUUUAGCUGUAUCUAGAAUUGGUUUAAAGUUGACAAAUGUCUCGACCGUUCGGAAUUUUUCACAUUGUUUAAAGGGGCGAUUAUUUAUUUUGUCACCCGUCAAUAAUACAGAAAUAAUAGUGAGAAAGCAAUCUAGAAAGCACAACCAUAACCUUCUCAUUGACAGCCGAAAACACUGGUUUGUUCCCAAAAAAGAGACCAUAGGAGUAUACGGAUGGUUCUUGUUGAGCUUACCCCUCUUCGCUUUCGGUCUGGGAUGCUGGCAGGUUGAACGACGUAAAUGGAAGCUGGACUUGAUAAGUAAGAUCAAGGGGCGAUUGAACAAUCCACCAGUAGAUCUGCCAUCGGACCUCGAAGAUUUACAGGAAAUGGAAUAUCAACCAAUUAAAGUGAAAGGCCGAUUUAUACACGACAAGGAAUUCAUCAUAGGUCCAAGAAGCUUAUUAAAAGAUGGAGAGGCAGCUAGUGCUGGCGGUGGUAUAUUUGCAAUAGGCGACGUUCAAGCAGGUUAUAUAGCUGUUACUCCGUUCAAAUUAGAAGGCAGGCCUGAAACUAUUCUGAUAAACAGAGGUUGGGUACCAAUGAAGAAACGAUUUCCUGAAAAAAGACCAAAUGACAUAGUUGACGGUGUGGUAGAAAUUGUUGGCAUUGUUCGUUUAAAUGAACCCAGGCCACAAUUUUCACCAAAAAACAAUCCAAUGAGUGGGGGCUGGCACUACAGAGAUUUGAACGCAAUGGCUGACUGGGCGAAAACCGAACCUGUUUACCUAGACCUCAUAACUGACUUGAAGACGGAAGAUGGACCAAUUCCUGGUCAAACACGUGUGACGAUGAGAAAUGAACACUUGAGUUACAUGUUAACAUGGUUUUCAUUAUCGUCCAUAACUGGUUGGAUGUGGUACAGAAUGUUUAUACGCAAAUUACCUCUGCUCUAAUAUAUUUAGUUGUAAGCAUUGUGUGCAUCUUAUAAUAUUGUAAUGUUGAUGUGAACUAAUAAAUUGAGAAGGGAA